AAUCAGCGCGCAGCAGCCGGAGAACGUUGGCUCGUCUUCACAGCAGCUGAAGACGAAGAAGAAGAGGUGAAUAAAAUCGAAGCGAAGCCCGUCGAGCCCGAAAUGGCCUCCGGAUCUUACGGAGGGGCCUAGACGCUGGAUUUCCCUUCGUGUUCCGGUGGCUUCCUGCUCGCUGUGGACUACUGAUUCGGCUCCGGACGGGACGGAACGGACCAGGCCAUGGUGGCACUAACGCUUUGAGUUAGCUCGCGCUGUCGGUGGGGUGAGGGGGAAGAAGGCUGGCGACUCGCGCACGGACCGCGGAGGAAGAAAAUGGUGGAUUGUUUAAAGACCUUCGAACAUCUGGAUUAGCUCGUGGGUCUGCGGCCGUUCGGAGCCUGUCGGGUCGGUCUCUGGGGUCGUGUUGGGAGGUAGGUACCCCCCACCCCCCCUCCAGCUCGAACUGAACGACUUUUAUUGUCGGAUUCCUGAACCCACCUCCUCCAGAACCCAGCAAGGUUCGGAUUUCUGACAACAUGGACUUUAACGGCGGCGGGGGGGCCAACGAGCUGCACAACAACCAGUUCUACCCCUGCGAGGAGAGCAAGCCGCUCCUGGGGGAAAUGUCGGAGGGGAGCAACAACACCAAGGUGGGCGCGGGCCAGUGCAGGAGGAGCCCGCACCCCUGCGGCGGCAUGCGCUACAAGCUGCUGCACGAGGGGGACAUCCAGGUGUGCGUGCUCAAACACCCGCGCACCUUCCUCAGCAAGAUCCUCACCUCCAAGUUCCUGCGGAGAUGGGAGCCGCACCACCUGACGCUGGCCGACAGCUGCCUGACGUCCGCCACGCCCACUGGUUACAUGGAGACGUCACUGUCCUACAGCUCCAUAGAGGACCUGCAGCUCCUCUCGUGGGACAACGCCCCCAAGUACUGCGUCCAGCUCAGCUUUCCUGGUGGCACCGUCCUGCUGCAGGCUGCCAACAGCUACUUGAGGGAUCAGUGGUUUCACUCUCUGCAGUGGAAGAAAAAGAUCUACAAGUACCGUAAGGUCCUGAACAACCCGAGCCGCUGGGACGUGGUUCUGAAGGAGAUCCGAGCGCUGGUGGACAUGGCUCUGACCUCUCCACUGCAGGACGACUCCAUCCACCAGGCUCCUCUGCACAUCAUCUCCACCCUGCUGGCUGAGAACUCCAGCCUCAGCGCUCAGGAUCACGAGAACAUCAUCGUGGCGAUUGCUCCUCUGCUGGAAAACAACCACCCGCCGCCGGACCUGUGCGAGUUCUUCUGUAAGCAUUGUCGGGAACGGCCGCGGUCCAUGGUUGUGAUCGAAGUGUUCACUCCGGUGGUCCAAAGGAUCCUCAAACACAACAUGGAUUUUGGUAAAUGUCCCCGGCUGCGUCUCUUCACUCAGGAGUACAUUCUGGCUCUGAACGAGCUGAACGCUGGGAUGGAGGUCGUUAAGAAGUUCGUCCACAGCAUGCACGGUCCCACGGGGCAGUGCCCCCACCCGCGUGUCCUGCCAAACCUGGUCGCAGUGUGUUUGGCUGCCAUUUACUCGUGCUACGAGGAGUUCAUCAACAGUCGGGACAACUCCCCCAGCCUGAAGGAGAUCAGAAAUGGCUGCCAGCAACAGAACGACCGCAAACCGCCGAUGCCGCUCCGCCUGCUGCGCCCGGAGCCCCCGCCGCCCCCCACGACCCUCGUCCCGCUCUCUACCGCCCCCUGUCCUCCUCAGCCGCCCCCACCCAUCCCGACAAACCCCGUGACCUCCCCGACGCCCUCCUUGCCCCUCUCCCCUCCCCCCACCAUCGUCAACUCCAGCGAGAUCCUGGUGGAGCUGGAGCGGAACAACAACUCGGCCAACGCCAAGCGGAAGGGCGGGCCCGCGGGCGGCGACAGCGAGCCCAACCUCAUCGACUGCCUGCUGGUCAGCCCGGCCGUCAACAUGCUGUCCAUCCAGCUGCCGGCGCAGGCGGACCGGGUCCUCGGCUGCUUCGCCCUCAUCCUCAAGAUGCUGUCAGACUACGAUGACUGGAGACCUGCUCUGGCCAGCCUGCUGCAGCCCAUCCCCUUCCCCAAAGAAGCUUUGGCCCACUCCAAAUUUACAAAGGAGCUGAAAUACGUCAUCCAGAGGUUCGCACAAGACCCCAGACAGGAGGUCCACUCCUGCCUGCUCAGCGUGCGCUCGGGUAAAGACGGCUGGUUCCAGCUCUACAGCCCAGGGGGCGUGGCCUGUGACGACGACGGCGAGCUGUUCGCCAGCAUGGUCCACAUCUUGAUGGGUUCCUGCUAUAAAACCAAGAAGUUCCUGCUCUCUCUGGCUGAGAACAAGCUGGGUCCCUGCAUGCUGCUGGCCCUGCGGGGGAACCAGACCAUGGUGGAGAUCUUGUGUCUGAUGCUGGAGUACAACAUCAUCGAGAACAAAGACACGCAGCUGCAGAUCAUCUCCACGCUGCAGAGCACGCAGGUCGGCUUCCGGAUGUACGAGCAGCUCUGCGACCGGCAGCGGGAGCUCAAAGAGCUGCAAAGAAAAGGAGGCCCCACUCGGCUGACCCUGCCCUCCAAAUCCACGGAUGCAGAUCUGGCCCGUCUGUUGAGUUCAGGGUCCUUUGGGAACUUAGAGAACUUGAGUCUGGCCUUCACCAACGUCACCAGUGCCUGUGCUGAGCAGCUCAUCAAACUGCCGUCACUCAAACAACUCAAUCUGUGGUCCACACAGUUUGGAGAUGCAGGACUCCGGUUGUUAUCGGAGCACCUGGCCUGUCUUCAGGUCCUGAACCUGUGUGAGACUCCGGUCACGGACGCCGGCCUCCUGGCUCUGAGCUCCAUGAAGAGUCUGUGCAGCCUCAACAUGAACAGCACCAAGCUGAGCGCCGACACGUACGAGGACCUGAAGGCCAAACUGCCCAACCUGAAGGACGUUGAUGUUCGGUACACGGAGGCGUGGUGAUCCUUCACGGCUCCUCCCACCUCCAGCAUCACAUACGCACGAGAAGACCGCCAUCUUUACACCCGACAUUCGCCGCGAGGAGGAGCUUUCUUCAUGAGGAAGGAGGAGUCGGCGACUUUAUGGACCACGCCACUGCUCCUGCUUCCUGGGCGGAGCUUGUUUUCACAGACGUUAAGGACCUGUUCUUCGUCCGUCUCUCACCCCGUCAUCCAAACGCAUUUAAAGUUUUCAGCUGAAGUUUCUCCUCCAUGAUGAGGUGGGAGGAACCAGCAGCUCGUUAGACUCAGACGCUGCUCCUGCCUCCUCCUUUCUCCUCCAUUGUUCUUUCAGACACUCGCCAUGACUUUAUUUGGAUCAGUAGCUCACGUUGUGGAUUAUUUCUGACCCGAUCCCCCGUGCAGCUCCUCUGAGCACACCAGAACCAGAACCGGUUUCAGAAUUUCAGGUCUGCCACUCAGAAAAACCAUAACAAAAAAAGAUUUUUACGAAUUAACAUAUUUUUGCAGACGUGGAUGCUUUCGUAGAACUUUCGCAUGUUUUCUAUAACUGCCAGUGAACCGUCCUGAUGGGUUCUGAGACCCGACAGGAACCACGUCUCCUGAAGAGGACAACCACUGUCGGACCCGAUCCUGUGACCUGUUGCCAGCUGAGAGUUGUAUAUUUUCAUACCCUCUGGAAGCGGUUUCAGAACAAAGAGCAGACAUUUUGCCAAACGUCUCGCUCGUUUUAUCCGGCCAACCAACUUCAGCAGUUCUGUUCAGACCUCCACCCUGAGGUCCGAGGGCGGAGGCGGGAUCGAACUAAUGUACAUAAGAAACGACUGGACGUUUUUGCUACAUUCCCUCUGAACGAUGUGACCCGACAGCGCGAGCCUGUCAGAACCUCUGUCCUGCCCGUCCGCACCGUGCUUGAAAACGAACUCCCGUCAGGACGUUCGAUUCUUGUUCUCUCCUCAGAUUUACGGACUCCUCUGAGGCAGAAAUAAAAACAACUUCUAAAAUCAACAUUUUAUCUGCUUUAUUUUCAUAAACGUCUUCAGGCUCGUUUUAAAACUCCCAAACUGUCCGUGUCACAAUGUUAACCCUUUAGAUGCUGUUUAAAUAAAUAUUUAUUAAUGUUGCGGAGGUGGAGGACUUCCUGCAGAAGUUUGUGUUCAGGCGAGGUGUCCGUGAGGAACUACAUAAAGAAUUGAUGCAAUCCAAUGUGGCAGCACGG